UGCUACCAACCGGAUAGCGAUGAAAAUCGUGAAUUUCGUGCGUGAGCCUUCUGCAUUCUAUUAUAGUGCUACCAAAAAACAACAAUCAAGUAAAAAUGUCUUACAACCGGCUUCAUCGGGUAUUUCUGUAUAGUUUUGCUAUUUGUCUAUUCGUGACGUUUGUGACGAUUGCCGCAAAAUUGUUUCCAAUCGCUAACCUGCCCACAAGUACAAACAUUAUUAUUAUUGGCACAUGCUUGGCUAAUCUGAUUUCCGUGGCGGCGCUGAUAGUUGGAAUAUUGUUGAGACGACCCGUUCUGGUGAAAGCUGUUAAAAUAUUCAGCUACGUGCAGCUGGGAGCUAUUUUCAUCCUGAUCUGUCUGGCUCUGUUUCUACUGUACGUAGUCCGAGUGGACGUUCAGCAUUACGACGAGAAGGUGGUACAGCAGGAGCUGUGAUUGUGCCAGCCUGCUUCGCACCAUUGUUGCAGACAGGUUGUGACGGGAGGAGUUGUGAGUGGUGGGCACAGAAAACGAUGCCUGUGAAUAACGAAAUAAAGAUGUUGUAUUUGAGACAUUCAA